AUUGUUUUCUUCGCCUUAAAACUACAAACACUUAAUAUUACUAAGGAGAAUUGAGGGUUGUCUCAGCUUUUGGACUAGAAAUAAAACACGCAUACAGGUCUUUACUUUAAUAUCAGAUCAUUCUGGAUAAAUCUACUCAACAUUUUUAAAUUGAUCUCAAUACAUAACAAAAUCUAGUGUGUAAAUGGCACUGCCCUCUCUUUUUCUCUCCUCCCUCUCUACUCUACUCCCUAAUCUACUUGCACACAAUCACACACACAAUCACUUGAAUUCGCAGUCUGCUUUGGCUCUGUGUGUAUUGACGAAAGCUAUGGCUGGACCCAGGCCUGUGGUGUUUAGCGGCCCAUCCGGGGCAGGGAAGAGCACUCUGCUGAAGAAGCUCAUGAAAGAAUACGACGGUGUCUUUGGCUUCAGCGUCUCCCAUACAACAAGAAAUCCUCGACCUGGAGAAGAGAAUGGCAAAGGUACAACAUGUUCCUCCUCUUUCAUGACCACUGUCACAGUCAAUCACAUUUUUAUGAGUCAGUAUAAUGGUAGCUUUCUUUAUUUGUAUAAAAAGCAUGUCUCCUUUUUUGGGGUUUCAGAUUACCAUUAUGUCACACGGGAGGUGAUGCAGACUGCGAUUGACAACGGCGACUUCAUUGAGAAUGCAGAGUUUUCGGGGAACAUGUACGGGACGAGUAAAGCUGCCGUGCAAGCUGUCCAGGCCAAGAACCUCAUCUGUAUACUUGACAUUGACAUGCAGGGUGUGAGAAACAUCAAAAGGACAGACCUCAAUCCUAUCUACAUAUCUAUCCAGCCGCCAUCCAUGGCAGUCCUGGAAAAACGUUUGCGAGACAGAAAAACCGAGUCAGAGGAGAGCCUCCAGAAGCGUUUACGUGCAGCUCAGGUGGACAUGGAGUUUAGUAAAGAACCCGGUAUGUUUGAUGUCCUAAUUAUGAACGAUAACUUGGAGGAUGCCUAUGGGCAGUUAAAACAUGCUCUUUCUGAGGAAAUCGGUAUGGUCAAGAAAGUCAACAUGUCUUCGUAGGAGACCGAAGCCUGAUACCUUCAAGUCUCGUCCAGCCACUCCUCACAAAACCACAGACCUUUAUUCCAGUCAUGAACAUUCCCUCAGAUGGUGGUUUGUGAAGCUCAGCAAAUAUCCUUAAUGGAUACACACAAAAAAAAUGGUUUUAUAUGGUGUAUAGUAGUAGUUAUUAACCAAAUACUAUCACACUGUCAAGUAUAACCCUUUUUUUUUUACAGAUAAGUGCUUUUCAUAUUUUUAUUUUCACUUUAAGCUACUCCAAUAAUGCUCACUUGAUAUUUAUAUGGCAUGAUAUGCAGGAUGUUCUGUUGGGCAGGGUUUACUGAGCACAUGUAUAAUGCUUGCAGCUUUGUCUGCACACCAACCAGGACUAACACAAACGGGGCGUUAACAUAACUCAUUCUAUCAUGUGGAUAAACUUGUCUUUCACGGGUGUGGAAAAAGCUAGUUUCUGGAUAUCUUGAUUUGUGGCAUCUUUGUGCCACCAGUCAUAUUGUGUUGAUUGGGAAAUAUAUUUACAGAGACAGUUCAUGAGGGAACCCCAAAAAAAACUUUGCGGCUGUUUACUUGCAAGGGGUACAUGCAACUUAACUUCACUGUUGAAAUGAUAAAACUAUUCCGGUGUUGGUAAAUGUUUUCUUUGGCAGAUUUUGUGUAAAUUACCACAUGACUCCAUUAUAGUUUGGUUUGCUAGAUAACCAUUUUUACUGUUGUACUCUAAAAGGAUCGCAUUUAUAGAGGUAGAAAAUGUUACAUAACAAAAACAAUAGUACAUCUAAUGUCACAGAAUAUAGCUUCUAUAUUCUAUGUUCUGGGUCUAUAAUAGAAUAAUUUUACUGUUUUUUCUUACAAUUGUAAAUUUGUGAAAACUUUUAUAUUGUGUAACUGUUAUUUUGCAGCUUCCCCUGUACAGUAAAAUUACAUUCUGUGUACUGUUUUGACUUAAGGAUUGGUUUUUAAAUUUCAGAAAAAU